CCUGGGACCAUGAGGAGCAGCCUGACCCUGGUGGGGACCCUCUGGGCCUUCCUGUCCCUUGGUACUGCUGUGGCCAGUUCUACCAGUUACUUCCUGCCUUACUGGCUCUUUGGAUCCCAGCUGGGGAAGCCAGUGUCAUUCAGCACAUUCCGGAGGUGCAACUACCCCGUGCGGGGAGAGGGGCACAGUCUGAUCAUGGUGGAAGAGUGUGGGCGCUAUGCCAGCUUCAGUGCCAUCCCAAGCCUGGCCUGGCAGAUGUGCACAGUGGUGACAGGUGCCGGCUGUGCUCUGCUGCUCCUCGUGGCACUGGCUGCUGUCCUGGGCUGCUGCAUGGAGGGGCUCAUCUCCAGAAUGAUGGGACGUUGCAUGGGAGCAGCACAGUUCGUGGGAGGGUUGCUGAUAAGCUCAGGCUGUGCAUUAUACCCCUUAGGAUGGAAUAGCCCGGAGAUAAUGCAAACAUGUGGGAAUGUCUCCAAUCAAUUUCAGUUAGGUACCUGUCGGCUUGGCUGGGCCUAUUACUGUGCUGGAGGUGCAGCAGCUGCAGCCAUGUUGAUCUGCACCUGGCUCUCUUGUUUUGCUGGAAGAAACCCCAAGCCUGUCAUGUUGGUGGAGAGCAUCAUGAGGAACACCAAUUCUUAUGCCAUGGAGCUUGACCACUGCCUCAAACCUUGAGUUUUGGCAGAAGAUUGGAAAGGGUGGGAAAGAGAAGGGAAGGGAGCCUUGAAAAGAGACACUAAGGGGCGCCUGGGUGGCUCAGUCGGUGAGACGUCCGACUUCGGCUCGGGUCAUGAUCCCACAGUUCAUGAGUUCAAGCCCCGCAUCAGGCUCUGUGCUGACAGCUCAGAGCCUGGAGCCUGCUUUGGAUUCUGUGUCUCCCUCUCUCUCUCUCUGUCCUCUCCCCACUCAUACUGUUUCUCAAAAAAGGAAUAAAUGAUAAACGUCCAAAAACUUAAAAAAAAAAAAAAAGAGAGAGACACUAAGACAAGGCCACUUGCUACCCACCUGCUAGGAGUAUAGCCUAGUGUUUGCAUGCUUUUUAACUUACCAGUCAUUCGUUUUCUCUUUUGUUUAAGCCAGCGGGUCAGCGGCUAUUUACAGAAUUCGUCAAGAACUAUGAUUCUCUCAAAUGUUUACCUAGCUGGUGAGUACCCACUAGCCCUCAAGUCCCGAAGUGCUCCUUUAUGCAAAAUAAGGAGAAGAUCCUCACCUGAAAAGUAACUUCACAAUCAAGCAGCUCUUCAGAGUCCUACAGCUCCUCUCUAUCACUGAAAGGCUGUGUAAGAACCUGUGUGCAGGGAAGGACUAGGAGACAGACAGGGCUGGUUCCCACCACUCCACGCAUACGGCCCUCCCCCUGGGACUUAUUGCUAUCUCCGAACAUCCAUGGAGUGCCACUGCUCAAAUUUUUGUCACCUUCUCAGGACUAUACCUUGACUCUUCCUAUUUUCUCCUGCCUCUCUUCCUUUCCAGUUGUGGGGAAGCUUACGGGGCGGGUGACUCCCAGUGGGGAAAACACUAAUCAAGUAUGUUUGCAUAUAGUCUAAGACCCCUUCCUUAUUAUGCUUUACGAUAUUCAUAACAUUUCAUUUUGUGUUUUGCCUGGGUGACUGGCAUCAAAAUAGUGGCACGAAUUCUCUAGUCCCUUGUAAGUUCAGAAAUUGUGGUCCAUCCAAUGUUCUGAGCAGAGACUAUAGCAUUUGUUGUACCCUCAAUAAACAUGGAUUCACAAUGGUGAUGACAA